AUGGGCAUACCGUACUCGCGCCAAAUCGACGCCGCCUUCGAAGAAGUCACCCCCCUCGUCGCUGCGGGCUUCAAAGUGCUGCGUACCACGCGCAACAUAUCGAUUCUCCUCGCCGUCAUACAAGUCCUUACUGUGUUCUUGCUCUUUUUGAUAUUGCUGGGUUUGGUUGCGCUGUUGUAUUGCGUGAAUCCGGAUUUAGAAUACGAGCGCAUACACCUAGUCACACCCUGGCUCAAAACGCUCGCGCGGAUUACAAUCUUGGGGGUUGUGAAGAGUGUGGCAAGUACGGCGAUUGUUUUGGCGGUUACUAGUUAUGCGGUGUGGAAAUUGGUUAUUGUGAAGAGGUGGGUGGAGGAUGUGGAGUACGAGGGGAAUGUAGAUGCGGAUCAGGCGUUGGAGAAUUUGCCGGAUUUGGAGAGGAAAGAGGAGGAGGAGAUGAAGGCGAAGGAAGAGGAAGAGAAGAAGGCAAAGGAAGAGGAGGAGAAGAAGAAAGGGGAGGAGAAAAAGAAGGGGAAGGGGAAGAAGAAAGGGUAG